GAGAAUAGAACAACUCAAAGCAGAGCUCAGAUGUAUUUUACUCUGUUACUACUUUUUGGUUUUCCAAAUAUCAACGGACAUGGUUGGUGGAAGAGCCCAGAAAAUGGACCAUUAUGUUUAAAUGGUACAUGUGGAGAAUUCGAUACCACAUGUGAAUGUUCUUUUACCAUAGAACAUGGUUUAACAAUGAUGACUUCUCACCCUGACCCAUUUUUAGUUUGGCCAAAAGGAGGAAAUCUUUAUAAAUAUGAUGAUAAAACAGCAGAACACCCACUGCCAGAGGAGGUAACGAAAGAUGUUAUAACGGCUGACGGAUAUGGAUCGCGUCUCGUUAUUCUUAUCAACAGAAAAUUUCCCGGUCCCCUUAUAGAAGCGUAUGAAAAUCAAACGAUGAUUAUACAUGUUCGCAACCUGAUGCACACAGACUCGACAACUGUCCAUUGGCAUGGUCAACAUCAACGAGGAACUGUCCAUUACGACGGCGUGGGAUUUGUUACGCAAUGCCCAAUACCACCAGGACAAACAUUUACGUACAAGUUUCAGACAUACCCUCACGGUUCUUUCUUUUACCACGCCCAUAUUGGGGAUCAGAGAAGCAUGGGAUUGUAUGGGGGAUUAGUUAUUUACCCACGACAAAAGCUGUCCCAGCCACAGGAAGGUUUUUCGCUUCUUUUACAGGAUUGGAAUCACAGUGACGAUCCUGAAGCAAUUUACCAAAGGAUGUUAAAGGGGGUUUAUGAUCUUUCAACACUUACCAAAAUAAACACUACACAAGCAGUUGAUGGCGCAAACUUUAGUCGAUUUCAUUUCCAUUCGGGGAUUUUUAAUGGCAAAGGUCGCUUUUAUUCAACAUUGAAUUCAAAUAAUGAAGCUCCUCUAGAAGAAUUUGAAGUUGAAUCUAAUAAGCUCUAUCGUUUUCGAGUAAUAAGUGCAGCAACAUUGUACCCUUUUCGUGUGUUUGUUGAAGGGCAUCCAGAACUGAUUCUGAAAGCGUCCGAUGGAUAUGAAAUCCAAGGAGGUUAUGGUAAUGAAUCAAAAGAAAUAGUGGUUGAGUCAUUCAUAAUUCACCCUGGGGAACGAUAUGAUUUCAUAUUGAAAACUAAUCAAAGUCCAGGAACCUACUUGUUGGUUGCAGAAAGCAUUGAGGUAAUUCCAGCUUCUUUAAAUAAAUAUCGAGCAGCUGAGGCUAUCAUCCAUUAUAAAAAUUCAUCUUUCACAUACCCGACAAAAGCUUUGCCUAACCCUUGCUCAAAGGAAAAACCAUGUACAAUAUUCAACUGUCCGUUCCGUUACUAUCCUGCUGAAUCAAACAGAGAAUGUAUCACGUAUGACAGCGUUUUUGGAAAUGAAACAACUUCGAAUUUCGAAGACGUUACUGAAGUGUACGAAACUCUCUUUUUCAAUUUUGCCUUUCCUGGAGAACCAGGAAAUACCCCUGGGUCAAUAAAUGGACAUCAGUUUGAAGUACCAGAAUAUCCUAUUAUUUCUGGUGUUAGUUAUAGCUCUGUCUGUAACCCAUCAAAGUGUACAGAUGAUUCUAUCUGCACUUGUACAUAUACUACAGAUCUCGUCAAAGAGAAAGUUUAUCAGUUUGUGCUAACUAAUAUUGGAAAUGGUCGUGGAUGGUCACAUCCAGUGCAUCUUCAUGGACACUAUUUUUACGUAUUGAAAAUGGGCUUUGGUACUUACGAUAAUGUCACAGGAAAAUUCAUUUCAGAAACAGAUGACAUUGAAUGUUUUGGUACAAAGGGUUAUUGCAAUUCAGCCUCGUGGAAAAAUGAUUCCUGGAAUCUUAAUGCUUCAUCUAUCACGGGUCUCCUAACAACAUUUCCAGCAAAGAAGGACACAAUUAUUGUACCGACUGGUGGAUAUGUAGUGAUUCGAAUGAAAGCCGAUAACCCCGGGGCAUGGUUCUUUCACUGUCAUAUUGAUCUUCACAAUACUAAUGGGAUGGCUAUGGUUUUAUUGGAAGCUAAAGAUGGCUAUCCAGAGAAACCUGACAAUUUCCAAUCCUGUUGGCACGUUGGCAUCAAAACAAACACAGAUGAAAAUUGGAAGCAUGAUACAAAUGGCCUCAUUGCAGCCCUUGUAGUUUCUUUGAUAAUGUUAGUUGUUUUUAUAAUUCUCUUUAUACGUGCAAAAUGCUCAAAAAAUUCUCAGGGCUAUAAAAUAUUUUAGCGAUUAACUUGAGUAUUGUCAAAAAUAAUAUCAUAUAAGUUGUUGUUAUCGUUAAUCUAUUGAUGUCAAAAAAGAAAUAUAAUUGUCAUAGCAACAUCAAUCCCCUACUGACAAGAGAACCCCCCCCCCCAAAUAAUAAAUAAUAAAAACCUGGAAAUGUUGUGAUUCAAAAAAAUCAUUGAUGUGGAAUGAAAUUCAAAACUUUAUUUUUAAAGUAAUACAUGCUAUAUGAACGCCAAAUUUUGUGUGAAACAAAAUGAUUAAUGAUUUGAAACACUUGAAGUGUAAUGAAAAAAUAAUACUUUCCACAACAGUUAUCAAUAAAAGGUUUAAAAUAUGUGUCAUAACAAAGCAGAUGGUUAAUACUGAUUUCAUAUAAAGAUAAGUAUCAUUAAGAGUAAGACACUUGCCAUCCACGUCAAAUGUGAGUAGUAUCUCGGCCUACUUUUUUUCUUCACGCCAUGUUUUUUUAAUCAAUCACGUGAUGGAUUUCUUUAAAAAUAGCCAUUUCUCUCCUAGCAGGGUUAUAAAUAAUUAUAAUUUGUUACAUUUAUAAUGCGUUUGAUUUUAAUGGUGUAAUUUACAGUAUUUUCGUAACUUUUAUUGAUAAUCAAAAUAUAUAAAUUUCCAGUCUUAUUUAAACUGGUGCAAGUUAUAGCGUGUAUGCUUUUAACCUAUUAAGGUUAAUCGCAAACCAAAAAAUAUUUCAAUAUGUGCAAGGUUUAAAAAAAGUGAGGAAACCUAAGUGGCACAAAAGGAAAGACGGACAGAGGGACAGCUACAUAUUCAGAGAAAACUAAAUAUUAUACUAGUAGUCUUCUUCGGUUUCACCGGUAAGGGUACUAACUAUAAAACCAUAUUACCUACCAAAAAACUCCGUAAUUGUAUAUUUUGAAGUCAUAAUAAGAUGACAUUGAGGACUGAAAGACUGUUAAUAACUAAUGUACCGUAUAUUUAUCUUCCCUGUUUUGCUUUCGCUGCAUGAGAGUAAGACAUCGGAUGUUGUGAAGAAUGACGUCACAAUGCCGCUGCACGCGCACUUACCCCCAUCAUUGAAUACGGCUUCAAAUCCAGUGAAAAUGUUGUGUUACGGACUUUUUUGUUUGCAUAGGUUUUAUUAAGGAAUGACUCUUAAACUUGGCCAAAAUUUUUCGAUAUAACCUGGUUUGGGUCAGUUUACGCUUUAUAAUCCGCGAAAAAAGCGUAAACUGACCUAAAUCAUGAUAUACUCGAAUAAUUAGGCCAAGAAUUAGAGUCAUUCCUUAUAAUUUAAUUUUGAAAUAAUUAAACAACUGUGGAUGUAAAAUUGUGUUGCUUUUCAUGAGUUUGUAUUUGCCGCUCAAUAAUACAACCCCUAGUCACGGAAGUGAUGGGAAGCAAGGGGAGGUACUGAUAUAUUGACCUAGCAGCCAUUAUGUUUGUUUACAUGGGGUAAGAUCGAGCUACUGUUUUUAAGGGUACAUUUUUAAAUCUGAUAUUUUUUUUAUGAAUUCCGAGGACUAGGAAUGAGGGGAAUGUAUGGAUACAUAUGAUUCAGCUGGUUGUCAAGGGGAUGUGUCCCCAUAUUAAACCAGAUUAUCACAGAAUAAUUUGCGUUCCUUUUCGGAGAUCAACCAAUGAGGGGCUAGAAUACAUACAAAAUUAAAUUAUUAGGGACUAUUUGUAGUUUCGAAUUUUACUUAUAUGAAAUGUUUAUAUCACGAUUUUAAUAUUGCUUUUUUGUCAACAUCUAAUGUAAUGGAUUUUCGUUCUCCUCUGAAAACCAACCAUUAUAUGCCCUCUGAACAAUUUUGUAACUACAUUUGUGUACCGAUAAUUGUCAGUGUAUGCAUGAAUUUGUGUCUGUGAGUAGAAAUACAUUUCAAAAUACAUUUUAUACAGAAUUAAAGAGAUUUAUGUGUACAUGUAUGUAUCUGCUAUGUAUAUAUGCAAUGUUAAUAAAAAUAUUCUAAUUUUU